UCGAGGCAAAAUGACGACGGGCACACGGGGCGACAAGAGCAUCAGACCCUGCCAAAAUUAAAACUCGGCAUCCUGCAGGCGGACCAAUGGAGCAAGGGUUGCCCCUCGACAGCCAAUAAGCGGCGAGCAGUCACCUGUGCGCUCGGAAGGGUAGCACGCCAUGGGGUACGUCGAGGGGUGCUCCGGCUGCGGCGCCACAGUCCGAAGCGGCCACACGACGGCGGCACUCGCGGCUCUGCUGCCGCCGUUGACCACCCAAACCAUGGAGUAGGACGACACCCGAAGCCCCCGGCCAGCCCGGAGCCACACGGAGGCCAAUGGGCAUCAUGGAGCUGAUAGGUGGGCCGCGUUUCGCGGCGCACCUGCAGGAAUGGCGCGAGUCGAGACGCUUGGUUCUGGCAAUCGUGGCGAUCGCCCUCCUUUUGGACAACAUGCUCCUCACCACCGUCGUGCCGAUCAUACCGGAGUUUCUAUACGAGAUCCGGCACCCAAACGAGAGCCGCAUGACGACCACCGCCACCCCGUUCGCCGUGACCACCCCGGCGGCGCCUGUGACUGACCUUGACGACACUAACUGGCUGCGAGGCUUGAACGCCACCACCACCAUCUCGCCGGCAGAGGAAAAGAAAUUGCAGCGGCACAAGGACUUGAUAGAGGAAACCGUGGCUGUCGGAGUUAUGUUUGCUUCAAAGGCUUUUGUGCAGCUCCUUGCCAACCCUAUCGUCGGCCCUUUGACUCACAAGAUCGGAUACAGCCUACCUAUGUUCACCGGCUUUGUUAUCAUGUUUCUCUCCACAAUCAUUUUUGCUUUCGGACGAAGCUACACCGUUUUAUUUAUCGCCCGAGCUCUACAAGGAAUUGGAUCAUCGUGCUCCAGUGUAUCAGGAAUGGGAAUGCUGGCAGAACGUUAUCCCGAGGACAAGGAAAGAGGAAAUGCAAUGGGAAUCGCCCUUGGUGGUUUGGCUCUGGGAGUGUUAAUCGGACCACCUUUUGGAGGAGUCAUGUAUGAGUUUGUUGGAAAAACGGCCCCUUUCUUGAUAUUAUCAGCUCUUGCGCUCGGAGACGGAAUGCUGCAACUGUUAGUCCUGCAGCCAAAAGUGGUAAGACAGGAAGCUGAGCCACCCUCAAUGAAAGCCCUGAUCAGUGAUCCGUACAUCAUUGUCGCUGCAGGAGCCAUCACUUUUGCCAACAUGGGAAUCGCUAUGCUUGAGCCCUCUCUUCCAAUUUGGAUGAUGGACACAAUGGGAGCUGACAGGUGGCAGCAGGGCGUUACUUUCCUGCCUGCGAGCAUUUCCUACCUGAUAGGAACCAAUAUUUUCGGACCUCUGGGACACAGGAUGGGACGCUGGUUGGCGUCAAUGAUUGGACUCAUCGUUAUCGGCCUCUGUCUCAUGAUGAUUCCCUUGGCAACAAACAUGAAACAUCUGAUCAUUCCGAACGCCGGGCUCGGCUUUGCCAUUGGCAUGGUUGACAGCUCCAUGAUGCCAGAGUUGGGUUACUUGGUGGACAUUCGCCACACCGCGGUUUACGGUUCUGUUUACGCCAUCGGUGAUGUCGCUUUCUGUCUGGGAUUCGCAGUGGGUCCUGCUUUGAGCGGCACUCUAGUCAACUCGAUUGGAUUCGAAUGGAUGCUUUUUGGAAUUGCUUGCCUCACCUUCCUUUACGCUCCCCUUCUCUUCAUCCUUAAGAGCCCACCAAGUCGAGAGGAAAAAGCUUCCCUGGUCACAGGAGAUAAAUCAUCAGUGAGGUAUGUUACAUACCAGAACGAGGAAGAAGACGAAUAAAUGACACAGAACAAUAAGUAGGAAUGAGCUUGUGGCCGAGAUAUAUCUGACCAAUCUCUGCUACGACCUUAUUAAUAACCAAAGAACAUGUUCAUUUGAGAUGUCAAUAUUUUUUGACCUUCUUUAAGAACGAGACAAGAAUUUGAGAACAAUCACAUUAAAAUUGAACGAGUUUAGCGAAGACAAAUAAGAUUUACGGCAAUGAAAAAUAUUACUUUCUAGGCCUAUGUUAAAGCUUGAAACAUCGAAGGCGAUGAAGAAGAAAACACGCUCUAAUUAUAUCAUUUUGCUGGAUAUGACAAAUAAUAACGAUCUAUGGAAGCAGCAUAGCGAAAACAAAAUUUCAAAUACAAAACAGUGGACUAUCCCUCUGUAGUUUCUCGAAUGGCUGCGCGGAACUCGCCUGAGGGUGAAUAUUGGCACAGUCCCAUCUUGGCAAAAAAUCUCUUGGCUGAACAUUUUCUCAAAUUGAGACUGAAAGCUCUUCCAUUCAAAUUAACUUAAAACAGCAUUUAAAAUCAAAUAUCAUAAUGGAAAGACUCUUGUGGAAUAUUACCAUGGCUAAUGUACGUCUAUAAAAAUGCCUCCCACAAAAAUAUUCGAUAUACACACAAAAUAUACACCAGUUGAUGUUACAUGUUUGAUGUGCACUCGAUGUUUCAGUGGAUCAGAUAUUAAUCUAACUCCAAACUAUUUAUGUUAGAGAUAUACUUCAGAGCUGAACGAAAAUGCUGAGAAACAUCAACUUACACACUUCUGUGUCUAUUGUAGAUCCAAAGUAUUGACGAGUUAUUUACACAAGAUGGAGUAUUUGAUGUUGACGAAAGAAAGCCUACGGCGGCUGAAAAAAUAAGUGUAUUCCAAAGGCAAAGCUGGUUAAAAGGGUCCGACAACAAUUAAUCUACACCCUUAUUCGGGAGCUGUGGCCACUAUUGGCCCGCAAAGGCAAAAUAAUCAAGUCAAAACUAAUUCUUGUCUAUGCAGAAUAACCAAUCAACAGAAACAAUGUGGAUACUGAGUGUGUAUAAUAAAUAAUUCAGGUUAAAGAUGUAUUGAGUGCCAAUUAUCAAGUAACCAGAUGUUUGAUACACGGGGUGUUAAAGCCAAAAAACCGAAUAAAGUCGCUGUUGAAUGUA